UUGUUGUGAUAAACUUAUUAAAUAGAACACCUAUGAGUUUAUUGUGGCAACUGGCAACGACAAUUCUGCCUUUUAUGGCUGUGGCAAAGCAACGGUUCGAGGUCUUUUUCAUAAAUUUGGACAGGAGAGAAGAGCGCAGAUUAUUGAUUGAAGAAGAAAUUGGAAACGUGCUUCCGAGUUUUGACUAUAAUCGAGUGACAGCUGUUGAUGCCGAAAAUUUGACUUGGCUGCUACUUGAACGGAUGGGAGUUCGUGUGAUGGAAAAUUAUCUCAUGCCCGAGUCGUGGCAGAGGCAUCCUCUCGAGUACGUGUUUCAUAGUAAGAACUAUCUGUUUCUUUUCUACCCCUGAAGAUGGGGGAAGUUGCGUGCUUGUUGAGCCAUCACAAUGUCUGGUCGGAAAUCGUGAACAAACGCCACAACCUGACUAUGAUUCUUGAGGAUGACGCUGAGUUUAUUUUGGAGUUUGAAGAUUUUGACUUCGACAACUUUGAGGAGGACUUGAAACUGGUCCUAAACGAAUUUGAUCAGAUGGGAGGCGAAUUACUGUACGUAUUCAUUAAAAUUUACACAAGCAGGCUUACAAGCGCAGUGUUGUGAGACCAGUGCACUCUUUUCCAAUGCAAGUUGCAAAUUUUAAGGAACACGUUAAAUAGACAGCAUAUUUAGUC